AUGUAUUAUCAAUCAAUUGAUUUUAUUCCUAAUAUAGAAAGAAAUUGUUCAUAUAAAUAUGGAUAUAAAGCAAUUAAUAAAUUUCUUCAAGAUAAUCAAUGUAUUGCAAUUAUUAGAGGACAUCAAUGGGUUAAUGAUGGUGUUGAAAUGCAUUAUUUUGGAAAUAAUCAAUUAAAUUUUCCACUUUGUUUUACAAUUUUUGGUGCAACACAUUAUUCAUUUAAAAAUAAAGCAGCAGUUAUGCUUAUUACUGAUACAAAUAUUGAUAUUAGUAAAUAUCCAAUAUCAUUAGUUGAUAAUGAUUAUAAUCCUACUAUUGAAUAUGCUUUAAAUUAUUCAUUAGAUAUUAUAAUGGAAAAUAUUAGUUCAUUUAUUAAACAAUUUAUUUAUUUAACAUUUACUACUGAUGAUAUAGAUGAUAAUUUAAAUGAUUUAAAUGAUAAUGAUGAAAAUAAUUUGAAUGAUGAUUUUUGUAUUUUUGAUUGUCCUGAAAAUGAUGAAUUAUCUCAUUCUUUUCUUCCACCAAUUAUAUCUUCUCAAUUUAAUCCUACUCAAAAUUUAAUAAAUCAAAGUUUUAAUCAAAUUAAUCAAUCUAUUUCAUCUCAAAUUAAUAUUAAUAUUAAUGAUAAUAUUAAUGAUAAUAUUAAUGAUAAUAAAAUAUUAUUUAGAUCAUUUAAUGGUAAUGAUAUUAAUAAAUUAACUAACAACAUUUUACAUUCAUCAAUUGGUACACAACAACCAUCAAUUUAUGAACAACAUUUUGUUCAAAAAAUUCGAGAAGAGUCUACUCCUUUAACAUUAGAUGAACUUCGUAUUAAAUUCCUUGAACUUCAAAAUAAAUCAAAGACUACUCUUAUUUAA